ACACUUAGAGGAACAGAGGGAGUGUGAAUCUGAGAAGCGGACAACUCAGUGGAGAAAACAGACAAGGACGGGGGCUGGAUAUUGCUCCUGUGAAAUGUUCUUUCAGUGAGGACGUGGUGGAUUAGACAAACUUUCAUUUCUGGAAUUUGCAACAAAAUUUAAGCGGAAGUUUUUGGAGAGUUUGGUGACUACAGACAAAACACUGAAAGCCUUUAUCAGAUCCCGGACUGCCUUUAACAGCUCAAAAAUUUAACUUCAGAGUUGGAAAUGGGAGCAGUGUGGUGGUGUCUUUGUUUUUGUGUCUUGGGGAUUCUUGCUGUUCCAUGUCGGGGCAUCAAACCAGAAGAGGUUACAAUUGAUGUGAUCCUGCUUGACGAUGAAGCGUCUCCCUGGAGUCUGAAGUUUGUGAAAGGAGAAAUAGAGAAGGCUAUAGAGACUAUUAAAACCAUCAAUACUUCAGUUGGGCCGUUAAAUUUUACGCCUAACUUUGAAGGGUUCAACACAAACUUUUAUCGAAACAGAGGUUGUCGGAGUAGCGCAUGUGAGGGAGUGGACAAGAUACAAAUCCUGUUGGAUUCACAUAAACUGGGAUGUUCUGUGCUUGGACCCACUUGCACCUAUGCUACUUUCCAUAUAGUUGAUGUGGAACAAGGUCUGAAGCACAGUACACCCAUCCUCUCAGCGGGAAGCUUUGGCCUCUCUUGCGACAACACAGUCAACCUGCAGCGCCUCCUGCCACCGGCUCGCAAGAUC